CGCCAACAACAAGGAAGUGGGCGAACUACCAACUACAAGAAACGUCAGCUUCGUUGUCAACUUCACUUUUCGCAGUAGUUGGCACCCUAUUUGAGCUUUUAUAAAUGUUUAGCACAUAGAGGACAGCGCAGACGCAUUAUCAUUCUUACCAAAUCAAAAGCAAGAUGUCAGGGAAAAGUCAGAGCGACGAAUCUGUAGUUAUACGAAGUCUCAGACAUUUCCGAGAGAAGUACUUCAAUGCAAGGGAAAACGUCAGUGAUCCGGCGCAUGCAGCAGAAGUCACCAGUGAAGAUGCACCGCCGGGCUUUUUGGACUGUUUACCCGUGGACCUACAGUUCCUAAUCAUGACCCUGCUGUCUCCUGUGGACCUCUGUCGUCUGGGGGCCACUAGUAGCUACUGGAGGGCUAUGGUCAGAGACCCCAUACUAUGGAGAUACUUUCUGGUCAGGGACAUGCCUAAAUGGCCCUCCAUCAACCAUGUGACCAUGCCCCGGUUAGAGGCCUUACACACCCCUCUGUGUGUGGGGGAGAAGGAGAUGGAGGAGCCAGGUCAUGACUUCAUGACAGAUUAUCUAAAGGGCUACCCAGCCUGCAGACAGCAAUGGUUUCCCCAGAGGCCGCCAUACAGCGUUGUGACUUCCUUCCUCCAGUCGCUGGUGCCCACCGCCACUGAGCCGCGCUACGCCAUGUUUGGCCCCGGCAUGGAACAGCUGGAUGUCUCCAUGGUGACCAAGCUCAUGCACACCCCAGAUGUGCUCCUUGUAGCAGGGAUACCCCAGAGACAGAUCAAUGGUAUUGGAUCUGGGAUUAGUUACGUGUACAAAAACCAGCACAAAUUCAACAUUCUGACUCUCUACUCAACCAACAGGGCAGAGAGGGAGAGAGCCCGCAUGGAACAGCAGAGUGUCAGCAACAAACUCUUCAUCCAGGAGGGAAGGGACCAAUCAGGACACCCACAUUUUAGCCCCACCCCUCAGGUCCAGGAAGUGUGUCAAGCGGUGGAUGGGUUCAUCUAUGUGGCCAACGCAGAGCCAGGAAGAGGUGAUGAUGGGGAGGUGGAGUGGGCUCAGAUCCAGGCGUUGGUGGACCCUGCCUUAGGCUCAUCCUCCAGACCCCUCCUGGUCCUGUCCUGUGUGUCCAGAGAGGAACCAGACCAGAUCAGAACCACCAGCUCCAAUAGUACCAGAACCCCCUGUGUGGAUAUGGCUCAGAGACUCUGCCUGCCCAUGCUGCCCAACCCCUGGAUGGUUCAGGACACAGUAGCAGAGUCUCUGUCUGGUGUCUUAGAUGGGAUCUCCUGGCUGCUGGGGUGUUCUGGUCUCAGGCUGUAACUACCUGUCCAAGGAAAAACCUUCAGGACCGAAACAACACACUAAAGAACCGGCACAAAUGCUUCUGAAGGAAUGUUUUCCCUCUGAUGUGCCUUGUUUCAAUGAAUCACAUAAAAAAAGUUAUUAUUGGGUAAAUACAGUGUAUUGUUUUUUGCCAAUAGUGGGUUGUACACAAAUAAAACAUACGUUUUAACUGUAGCUAUGGUACUGUAAUUAAUAUUACAAAGAUGAAUGAAUGGUUUUGAUAUUACUACUACUGUGUACUUUAGAAUCAUAUUGAAUUAUAUUUUUUGGUACCUUUUAUUUAGGGAAAUCAUGCAGUUAUUCAUCUGUUUCUUUCAUAUAAUUGAUGGAAUUUUAUACUACGAAAUGUGCAUUGUUUUAUUUUCUUUAAUUAUUCAUAUGGUUAUUUACCCCUCUAUAAGAUGUUAUAAAGGAACUGAAAAUACAUGCAUGUGUAUGUACCUCA